AAAAAAAAGUGGGGGACUUUUCUGGUUCUUAGAUGGCUAUUUAGUCCUUUCAGCACAUGAAUGCUUUCUAUUAGUGCAAGCUUAUUCUGUGUCAGAAAUUAGUAGGAACCCAGUGAGUGAUAUUGAACUAUGGAUAUGCAGGAUAUCCCUGGUGUUCCACUGCUGUUUUUUUUGCCGUCUGAGUGGAAUUUAUCGAGGGGGUUACAGAUGUAUGUGGUGGAAAGCAAAGGAGGUGCCAUAGCAUGCAUGCUUCUGGCCUUGCUCUUCUUGGGGACAUGGCCUGCUAUCCUGACUAUGCUCGAAAGAAGAGGCCGACUUCCUCAGCAUACUUAUCUGGAUUAUUCGAUCACCAAUUUCUUGGCUGCUAUCCUUAUUGCUUUGACAUUUGGUCAGAUAGGGAGUAGCACAGCUGAGGAGCCCAAUUUUAUAACUCAACUUUUGCAGUUGCCGGAGAAUUGGCCCUGUGUUUUAUUUGCAAUGGCGGGUGGGAUAUUCCUGAGCCUUGGGAAUCUUUCUUCACAGUAUGCAUUUGCUUUAGUCGGUUUGUCGGUGACAGAAGUGAUCACUGCAAGCAUCACAGUUGUCAUAGGCACUACCUUGAAUUACUUCUUAGAUAACAAAAUAAACAGCGCUGAUAUUCUUUUCCCUGGUGUUGCUUGCUUCUUGAUUGCGGUUUGUCUUGGCUCUGCUGUUCACUCAUCCAAUGCAGCUGAUAACAAAGUAAAACUAGACGAUUUGCCAAGUGAUCCAGAAGACGGAGAAAAGCUUUCAAGUGUGAUUCCAAAUAAGGAAGGGAAGGACCUGGAGACCGGAAAUGAUUAUGCUGAGAAAGCGAAGGCUGGGACUGCAGAUUUUCUUGUGAAGCUUGAGAACCAAAGAGCAAUUAAGGUUUUUGGGAAGAGCAUUUUUAUUGGAUUGGCCAUAUCUUUCUUUGCUGGAGUUUGCUUCUCUCUCUUCUCACCUUCAUUCAACUUGGCCACAAAUGAUCAGUGGAACACUCUAAAGGAAGGAGUUCCUGAUUUGGUUGUCUAUACUGCGUUUUUCUACUUCUCAGCAUCUUGUUUCGUCAUUGCCAUCAUUCUAAAUAUCACCUUCCUCUACCACCCUAUACUAGGCUCACCCAAAUCAUCAUUCAUAGCUUACUUGAGUGACUGGGAUGGCAGGGGCUGGGCCUUUUUGGCUGGUAUUAUAUGUGGAUUCGGUAAUGGUCUCCAAUUCAUGGGAGGCCAAGCUGCAGGAUAUGCAGCAGCUGAUGCUGUUCAGGCACUUCCACUUGUGAGCACUUUUUGGGGUAUACUUCUGUUUGGAGAGUUCCGAAAAUCAUCACGAAGAACAUAUGCGUUGCUUGUCAGCAUGUUGUUUAUGUUUAUUGUUGCCGUUGCUCUCCUCAUGGCAUCAUCAGGGCAACGAACAUGAGUAUUCAACUUCAAGAGUCCAAGUCAGGAAAUUGUGUACGUCUGUAUAACUCAUGAAUCAAGAUUCAAGCAAGAAAAUACUGAAGAACAAAAUGGGCUCAUCAAUCAUGAAGAAUAUGAGUCGUGGAGGUGUUUCCAAGUAUGAAAUAUUCCACUGACGAUUAUUUCUUUGGUA